AUGAAGUUCAACUAUGGAUUAAAAAUUAAUUUUGUUGAAAAUUUCCAAAUUUUAAAUGAAAACAAAGAAAAUGAUGCAAAUAUGCUCAAUUCAAAUGAAAAUAUCAAAAACAUUUUUCAAAAAAAUAAUUUUAAAAAAAAUAAUAAAUAUAUGAACUAUUCAAAUGAAAAAAAAAACAAUUCACAUGAUUUAAACAAACAUAUUUCUUUUAAAGAAAACAUUAAGAAAAUUGUUUCAAAAAAAAAUGAUUUUUCAUCAUUAGAAAACAAAGAUGAUUUUUGCGAUGAAAUAGAUGUUGUAGAUAAAAAAAUCAAUAAAAUGAAUAAAACUGAAAGUAUUCACUGCACUAAUAAUUUCUCUGCCAACUCUUUAAAAAAAAAGAGUUAUAUAAAUGAAUGCAAUGACUAUAAGAAAACCUCUCACGAUAAGGACUAUUAUAAAUUUAAUAAAUUCGUUAGAAAGGAAAAAAUCCCUUACGAAAACUCAAAAAAUAAAAAUAUAAAUAACCCUCACAAUUUCACAGAAGAAAAUAACACAAGUGAAAUUAAAGUAAGUGAAAAUAUAAAUGAUAUGAUUAAUACAUUAAAAAAUACUUUUAAAAAUAAUAAUAAUGAGAAUUAUAACAACAAUAAUAAAUUUAAAAAUAGUUUUAUAAAUGUAGAAGGUAAUGUAAAUAAAAAGAUUUAUACAAAUAACAUUUAUAAAAACACAGAUGUUAAAUUAAAUAAUUACUAUACCAAUUCUUAUAAAGUGAAUCAUAAAAUUCAUAAUAAUUUUUAUGAUAAUGGAAAUAUAAACUACUUCAAUUCAUAUAAUUUCAAUAGAAAAAAAUCUUUUAAAAAAAAUCAAAACAUAUACAAUAAUAAUAAUAUAAUUAGAAAUAAUCAAGUUAAAGAUAAUGAAAUUAAUGAAAAAAGUAAUAAUAACAGAAAUGAUUGUGAAAAAAAGAAUAAUAACAAUGAUAAUGAUGUUAAAAAUAUUGAAGGAAAUAAUAGUAAAAUCACAGAUAAUAUAAAUAAAAAAAACUAUUUUAAUAAAAAGUUUAACAAUAGAUAUUUUUAUAAUUAUAAUUUAAAUAAAAGUUAUUCUAAUUACAAUUUAAAAAUAAAUAACAAGAAAGAUAAUAAUCCUUACGCAAAAUACAGAAAGAAUGAAUUCUCUAAAACUUCUUCUGACAAAAAUUAUAUAAAUAAAAAUUUAAAAAAUGAAAAUAAAAAUAUAAACAAUUUAAAUAUAAAUGAGAACAAUUUUAAUGAAAAUAAAAGUUUUAUCUUGGAUAAUAAUAAUAAUGAAAAAUUUGAAGAACAUUUUAAGUUUAAAAAUAAUGAAGGUGAUAAUUUAAACGAAUUAAAUGUUUUAUUUGCACAUAAUGCUAAUAAAUUAGAAUUUAAAAAAGAAAAAGAAACUAGCAAAAUUGAAAAUGAAUGUGUGAAUAUAAAUGAAAAUCAAAAUAAAAAUACAAUUGAAAAUCUGAACAAAAAUAUUGAUUCAAAUGAAAGUGAAAAUAAAGGUGACGAGAAGGUUGAAAAUAAAAAUAUAAAAAAAAAUGAAAAUGAAGAUAAUAAAAAAAAUGAAAUUUUAAAUGAAACAAAUUGUAGUAAUAUAAAUGAGGAAUUAAAAAAAAAAAAAAGAGAAGAAGAGAAAAAAAAAAUAAUGAACUGGAAAUCGGAAGAACAAACAUUACUUGAGGAAGGAUUAAGAAUUUAUAAAAACUUAAAAAAUUGUCCAGAAAAAUGGAUGAAAAUUAGUGAAAUUGUAAAAAGUAAAAACCCUGAUGACUGUAUGAAGCGGUUCCUUUAUUGUAGAUCUAUUGUUUUAAAAGAAAAAGAAAAAAUGAAAAAGGAGUUGGAAAAAGUGAAGGAAAUAGAAGAAAAUGAAAAAAAUGAAUAUAAAGAAAAUAGUAAGAAAGGUAUAAAAAAUAAUGAAGAACUUGAGCAAGAUAUUGAUAGUGAUGACAUGAAUAUUAAUAAUAAUAUAAAUAUUAAAGGAAAAAGCUUACUUUUGAAUAAUGUUCAAUUAAAAAACAUAUCAAUGUAUAAAGCAGUAUCAUUAAAGUUACAAUUAGUUUGUACGAGAUGUUGUAAUACAUUUGAAGUAACAUCAACAAGUAAAGAUGAUUCGCAAUUAGUUUGUAAUUGCAUAAAUUGUUGUAAUAGUGCAGUUAUUGAAAUUUAUAGAAAUAUAUGUUUUUUGGAAAAUAGCUGCGUUUGUAUUUUAAAAUUUAACCAGUGUUCAUUAAUGGAUUUGUUAACUGCUGACUACAGUAUGAAUUGUGAAAAUUGUGGUAGAAAAAGUAUUUUCAAAAAUGUCACAUCAGGUAAAGAAAUAAAUGCUAAUUGUCAGAAUUGCUUCACUAAAUUAGAAUUUAAAUAUAAUGAUUUUUCGUUUGACGAAAUGAUUAAUGCAAAUAAUGAUACUAUAAAAAAAAUCGACGAAAUGAUAAAUAAGUUAUUUACAAAAAAAAAAUCGAACAAAAAAGUGUUAAGUAUAUCAAAUAAUUUAAAAAUAGAAAAAAGUAAAAAUGUUAUAAAAAUAAAUAAUAUAGAAGUUAAUAAUGGAGCAUGUAAACAUUUUAAGAAAUCUCAUAGGCUAUUUAAAUUUCCUUGUUGCAACAAAAUAUUUCCUUGCCCUACUUGUCAUGAUUUAAAUAGUAAUCAUGAAUGUGAUAUUGCUAGAAGAAUUAUAUGUGGGUUUUGUUACAGGGAAUUCAGUGAUGAUGAAGUUUGUGUGUGCCAAAAAGAAAAAAAAAUUAAAAAAAGCGGAAAAUUUUGGGAGGGAGGAAAAGGUUGUCGUAAUGCAGUUACAUUAAGUAAAAAUGAUUCAAAAAAAUACAAACUUUUAAAUAGACAAACUACACAAAAAAAAAAAAAUAAAAAAUAA